CUGUCUGCAAGCCCCUUUUAGUUCAGCCUGCUUGUCACAGCGGUUACUGGAAAUGAAACACGGGAGGCGGUAGAAUAGCAAACAUGUUAAAAACAUGUGCUAUAGCUGCGAUUCAUCCGGAAUCCACAUUUUCAUCAGAUUUAUAUAAUAACGCGAUAUAGGUCAUUUUCAUUAAAGGACUGCGUAAAAGACCGCAGUGUUAAAUGGACGUCGACCGCAUCUGAAUGAACCCAGCAUAAUUUCUAGCCAACGGACUGAAAUAACAUAUCGUAAAUGUGUUCAAGCCUGGUGGUGUGUUCAUUCCGUCUACCAGCCUUGGCGAGCAGCGGUGCUGCUGUAUCGGUGGACGAAAGUGAUCAGAGCGGACUCGGUUCUGUCCUUUACCAAAGCAGUAGAAGUUUAGCGCCGUGAUUUUGUAUUUCCCCCCUCAUGUUACUGCAAAGAGUCAUCUCCACAUUUCCCUAAUGAAAAUUAAUCUUUGGAACGGUUCCCGGGACGUGACAGAGAUUAUGUCGAGUAAAAGUGUGGAAUGGCUUCAAGAAGAACUGGAGUCCGGGCUCGGGGUUAGCUCACUACUGCUGCUGGACUGCCGAUCUCACGAGCUUUACGAAUCGUCGCACAUUGAGUCGGCCAUCAACCUGACGAUCCCCGGUUUGAUGCUGCGGAGACUGAAGAAGGGGAAUCUACCGAUCCGGUCCAUCAUCCCCAACAACGAGGAUAAGGAGAAAUUCGUGAAGCGGUGCAAGACAGACAUGGUUCUUCUCUAUGACGAGGCCACUACGGACUGGCAGGAGACCGGGGUGGCGAGCUCCGUUCUCGGCUUGUUGUUGCAAAAGCUCCGAGAUGAAAGUUGUAAGGCUUUCUACCUGGAAGGUGGCUUCAACAAGUUCCAGACCGAGUACCCUGAGCACUGUGAGACCAACCUGGACUGUUCCUGCCCCAGCAGCUCCCCGCCGGCCUCCGUCCUCGGUCUGGGCGGGCUGAGGAUCAGCUCUGACUGUUCUGAUGGGGAGUCAUCGGACAGGGAACCGGUCAGCGCCACCGAGUCCGAGGGCAGCCCACUUCCCAACAACCAGCCUGCCUUCCCGGUCCAGAUCUUACCGUACCUCUACCUGGGCUGUGCCAAAGACUCCACCAACCUGGACGUCCUGGGGAAGUACAACAUCAAGUACAUCCUCAACGUCACGCCCAACCUGCCCAACAUGUUUGAACAUGACGGAGACUUCAAGUACAAACAGAUCCCCAUCUCCGAUCACUGGAGCCAAAAUCUCUCGCAGUUUUUCCCAGAGGCCAUUUCUUUCAUUGACGAAGCUCGUUCCAAAAAGUGUGGUAUCCUGGUGCACUGCCUGGCAGGGAUCAGUCGCUCGGUAACGGUAACCGUGGCCUACCUGAUGCAGAAGCUCAACCUGUCACUCAACGACGCGUACGACUUUGUGAAACAGAAGAAGUCCAACAUCUCACCCAACUUUAACUUCAUGGGUCAGCUCUUGGACUUUGAGAGAACAUUGGGGCUCAAUAGCCCGUGUGACAACCGUUCCUCCUCCACCAAUGACCAACUGUUUUUCACCACGCCAACCAAUCACAACGUGUUCCAGCUCGACACGCUGGGAUCUACAUGAAGGGGUGGUGAUGGGGGCGGGACUUGAGCGGCUAUCUUGGAUGUGAAUGUUUUUCUCUUCUCUUCAGAGAUUGGCUGGCUGGCUGGCUGGCUGGCUUUGACAGCGUAUAGCCUGGGAUGGUGGACUGACGGUGCGUGAACAAGGACAGAUCAGAGGCCAAAUGGAAGUCUGCUUGGCUUGUAGAGCUCUGUUGGUCUCUCAGAGGGUAGACAGGAAUAGGAAGAAGCCCUGUCUCCUCUCCUCAGUGGUUUGGGAAGCUUGUCGUCUUGCCUUUGGAACAGCCUGUUUUUUUUGUCUAAGGAAAGAAGAAGUACUAGGAGUAGACUGAGACAUAGAACAGAACAGAACAGAGAAGAACAGAACAGAGAAGAACAGAACAGAACAGAGAAGAACAGAACAGAACAGAGAAGAACAGAGAAGAACAGAACAGAGAAGAACAGAACAGAACAGAGAAGAGAAGAACAGAGAAGAACAGAACAGAGAAGAGCAGAACAGAGAAGAACAGAACAGAACAGAGAAGAACAGAACAGAGAAGAACAGAACAGAGAAGAACAGAACAGAGAAGAACAGAACAGAACAGAGAAGAACAGAGAAGAUCAGAGAAGAACAGAACAGAACAGAGAAGAACAGAACAGAACAGAGAAGAACAGAACAGGGAAGAACAGAACAGAACAGAGAAGAACAGAACAGAGAAGAGCAGAACAGAACAGAACAGAGAAAAGCAGAACAGAGAAGAACAGAACAGAGAAGAGCAGAACAGAGAAGAGCAGAACAGAGAAGAACAGAACAGAGAAGAACAGAGAAGAACAGAACAGAGAAGAACAGAGAAGAGCAGAACAGAACAGAACAGAGAAGAACAGAACAGAGAAGAACAGAACAGAGAAGAACAGAACAGAGAAGAACAGAACAGAGAAGAACAGAACAGAACAGAACAGAACAGAACAGAACAGAACAGAGAAGAACAGAACAGAGAAGAACAGAGAAGAACAGAACAGAACAGAGAAGAACAGAACAGAACAGAGAAGAACAGAACAGAGAAGAACAGAACACAGAGUGUCAUACAAAGACAGAAAACAAAUUGUGUAUCUGCUCCAGUCAUUCAUUUAUUGUUGUCCUCUUGGACGACGUCCUCGUCAACAACCCCCUGAUGAUAAUGGUGCCAAUGUGUUGUCUUCUCUGGGAGUAACCCUUACGGAGGUGAUCUCACCUUACUGAGUGAUGAAGAUGGUGCCAAUGUGUUGCAGUGUCUAGGGGGGGGGGGGUAACCCUUACAGAGGUGAUCUCACUCUACAAAAUGGAGGCUUGGAUUUUUUUUUUUAACUAAGAUAUUUUUUAACACAAACACAAGUACGUUCAAGUGAUGCAUAUAACAUGUACAAGUACUAAUGUAUGUCUACAUGCAUUUGUAUAUUUGUAUACAUUUAGGCACAAAUGUAUGGACAUACUGUAUGUCUCCUACUACUACGAGAAUCGUACCUGUCCAAAACCAGAAACAGAAGCACUAGAACAUCGAAAGGAGACUCUAUAACUAAAGAGAAAAAAGACCAAGAGAAAAUUACUUUUCAUAAUAUUCUGGUUGUUUUUUUGUAUUUUUAUUUUUUUCUAUGUUUGUAACGAUGAUCUAAUGCAGUUUGCACAGUGGUGAAGCCUAAUCACUUCUAGGCACAUAAACUAGUACUCUAGAGAAAGAUAGAUUCAAAGAGAACGGGAGAAGGGAGAAGGGAGGAGAGAGAGGGAGAGACUAGCACAGAGAGGGUGUGGUGUAGAGGCAGUCCUAGGCAGAGACUAGCUCCUGCAGCUGGUCUGGCCAUGUUGUGGGCUGGGACUGGCUGGGUGAAGCUUAUUGUUCCUUAACUGCAUAUGAAAAGAUGGGUCUGCAUCUCAAAUGGCACCCUAUUCCCUAUAUACGGCACUACUUUUGACUAGGACUCAUAAGGUUCUGGUCAAAACUAGUGGACUACGUAGGGAAUAGGGUGCCAAUUUUUUGGGGGGGGGACGAAGUCAUGGAUCUGUUUGUCUCAGUAAAGAACCUCACUUCCUCUCCCGAGAGAGAGUUUUAAAUCCUGGGUCGAUUCACCCCGCAAGCCUUGGCGAUAUUAUGAAUAUUAUAUUACAUUACACUAAAUUAUGACUUUAUGAAUAAAAUAUAAGGUAAAUUAUAUAUUAUGUUAUGUUCUAUACAUGAACAAUCUACUGUGUGUUGUCCAACAGUGGUGUGCAGGUGACUACCCUAGGCCUUGGUACCAGUCAAUUUGUGCAAUUUCAUUUCACUCCUUACCUCUUGUUUGGCGUGACAAGUUGGCAUGAUAUUGCACAAACAGACUGGUACCGGGCUAUUUGGCAGUUUUGUUGGAUGUUGUUUAUUUACCAGCUGGAAGUCGGUCAACGAGAACUGUUUUUAACUACUAUUACUGCUGCCUGUCAAGUAUAGAGAGGUUAUAAGCUCUUAUAACGGGUUAUAAGCUGUAGCUAAUAACAUACAGCAGCAUACAGUAUGUAGCUAGGAUGAUUUAUGACUUAAGGGUUUGGACAUUUCUGGUAAAUUUUCCCAAGUUUCCCAAGGUUUUCCAGGAAUUCUGGUUGGAGAUUUGCUGUAUUUCCUGUUUAUUUGCUCCUGAUUUACGUGAAUCUCCAACCAGGAAUUCUGGUGACGUUGUUACAUGAGACUGGUCCAGAGAGCAGCGGUGCUUUCCGCUAGCCUUAUUCUAUAACCUUAUAAUACAACUCUUUUCUCUAUCGUUGACUGUUCAAUACUCUUUGUAUCUCACUUUUAGACAAUAUUGUUGUAUAAAAAUUGAAAUAAAACAUUUGUUCUUUUAAUGAUAAUAUAAAUCAAAAAUAUACAUGUAAUGACGGACAACUAAUAGCACCCUAUUCCCUAUUUAAAGUGCACUCCUCUAGGGCUCUACUGUGGUCAAAAGUAGUGCACUAUAUAGGGAAUAGGUUGCCUAUUGGGUCACGGCCUUUGUCUUUAACGGGUCUUCAGAUGAGGUUAUUUUACUCUGUACUAUUAUAUCAACAGUAUUUUAUACAUUUGUUUGUGUUACUCUGUUUUUCACGAUAAUUAUAAUAAUUCUCGAAUUUAGAAUUCUACACGUAAAUACAGAAUACACCUGUAUCGCUGACUUUCUUUUUGUAGGGUGAAGUUGCCCCUUAAUGCUGAUCUGGGGUCAGUUUAACAUUUUCUCCACUAAUGGUUAAGGUUAGGAUUAGGGUAGGACAGGCGGAUUCUAGACCUGUACCUAGGGGGAAACGUUACCCCGGAGCGCUCUGCUUUGGCACUGAAUCUACCUUUCCUUCAUCUGAAGUGUACAAAGUACCGGGCUUCAUUUUGGUUCGUUAGCCUGGGUCCCACAUCUGUGCGUUACCUUGUCAAUGUAACAGAGUGAGCCUCGUUAACGUUCCUCUCCAGCUGACGCCGUGUGAGGAAGAAAACUAUACUGUUAGGGAAUGCACAGGGGAAAACCUGUUACACCGUCUCCGUUGUCAAGCCAGACACAUUUGUUUCCUACAAAAGCCCAAAAACAGACGGGCACCCAGGCUAAAACGGUAGUAGGUAGCCUUGCAGUAAGAGCGUUGGGCCAGUAACCGAAAGGUCGUUUGUUCACCUUGUCGGCUCGGGGGUUUGAACUAUCUGCCGACGUGCCCUUGAGCACUUUACCCCCGAAUUGCUUCAGGGUCGCUGUUAAUAUUGGCAGACCCUGGCCAUGAACCCCACUCUCUGGGGUCGUCUCACUCUCUGGGGUCGUCUCACUCUCUGGGGUCGUCUCACUCUCUGGGGUCGUCUCAGGGAGAGUUGGGAUAGGCAACAACAACAACAACAAAAAACACAUUUAUAGGACAGAUAUAAGCACCCAUCAAAACUGGGAGAGUUGGGAUAUGCAACAAAAAAAAAAAAAAACAUUUCCAAUUCACACACGCGCCUAUUAAUACACGUGUGAAAUAGGACAGAUAUAAGCAACCACCAAAACCGCUCUUAUUAGUAACAGCAGUUUGUUCACAUCUCAACACCUAGCCCGGGAGCCAGUCUGUUUGCGCUAACAUGCCACUCCUUAUCCUCUUGUGUUCUAUGUUUAGCCAUUGGAGUGGAACGAAAACGCGAACAUAUCUGGGACACGAGCUAGGAGACAAGCUAGGAGACGAGCUAGGACACAAGCUAGGAGACAUGCUAGGAGACGAGCUAGGAGACGAGCUAGGAGACGAGCUAGGACACAAGCUGCACUUAUAUCUGAGCGUUAUUCUGGACCUAUCACCUAGCUCAUUACAUACACAUGUCUUUCUUCUUCAACGAUUUCAGUUCUGAUUUUGGUCAUGUGCUCUGUCCUAUUCAGUCUAAUUCCUGUGGCCUUUUCAAUAUAUUAUAUCUUAAAGCUGAUAUGCAAAAGUUGUUUCUCCGAAAAUAUAAUUAUAUAGCAUUAAUCCAGAUAACGAUGAGUAUUUUACAUACUCGAUAGGACUUUUAUCAGUUUGGAGUCUGACCCCCAAGUCACAACAAUAAAGGAAACGUGGACAAGUCGAUUCACACUUCGUCUCAAAUUGCACACUUUAUAGUGCGCUACUUUUGACGAUGGCACCAUAGGGCUCUGGUCUAAAGUAGUGCACUAUGUAGGGAAUAGGGUGCCAUAGGGCUCUGGUCUAAAGUAGUGCACUAUAUAGGGAAUAGGGUGCCAUUUGGGAGACAGACGUACGUUACACCCUAGGGUUGAAAUGUAUUUCAGUGCCGAAGUUUUUUACAUUCUUUUAUUUUUUAAAGAGAAAAUCCUUGAUUUCAAGCUGCUUCAUGUGUUUGUGUCUUUGUAACGAUGAAAGAAAAAACCAUAAGUGUUUUUCUCUGUUUGUAUAUUUGACAAAACACAAGAAUAUUUGUAUUUUUUUUUGUUGUUGAAAUUUUAUUGUAGCUUCUUCCUGUUAACUAAGCAUGCGUUCCAAAUUGCACCCUAUUCCCUAUAUAGUGCACUACUUUUGACCAAGUUUCAAACAGCUCUGGUCAAAAUUAGUGCACUAUAUAGGGAAUAGGGUGCAAUAUGGGACAUAGACCUAAGAGUAUGUUGGAUCUGUGAGAUGGAGGGAGGGAGAGAGGCCAGGGAAAAGAGGAGAAGAACGAAACUGAAUGAUAAAUGUUUACGGAGCCUUCAGAAAGUAUUCACACCCCUUGACUUUUUCCAUAUUUUGUUGUGUUGCGGCCUGAAUUUAAAAAUGUAUUAAAUUAAGAUUUUGUGUGCCCUACGGACAAUACUGGCCUACGGACAAUAGCCCAUAAUGUCAAAGUGGAAUUAGAGAGAAGGGCACCUACUGCAGACAUUGAAAAUCCCUUUGAGCAUGGUGAAGUUAUUAAAUACACUUUGGAUGGUGUAUCAAUACACCCAGUCACUACAAAGAUACAGGCGUCCUUCCUAACUCAGUUGCCGGAGAGGAAGGAAACUUCUCAGGGAUUUCACCAGGAGGCCAAUGGUGACUUUAAAACAGUUACAGAGUUUAAUGGCUGUGAUAGGAGAAAACUGAGAAUCGAUCAACAACAUUGUAGUUACUCCACAACACUAACCUAAAUGACAGAGUGAAAAUAAGGAAGCCUGUACAGAAUAAAAAAUAUCCCAAAAUGUGCAUCCUGUUUACAACAAGGCAAUAAAGUAAAACUGCAAAAAAAAGUAAAAAAUGUGACAACGCAAUUCACUUUUUGCCCUGAACACAAAGUGCUAUGUUUGGGACAAAUCCAACACAACACAUCGCUAAGUACCACACUUCAUAUUUUCAGGAAUGGUGUUGGCUGCAUCAUUUGAUGGGUAUGCUUGUUAUUGGCACUUUAAAAAAAUACUUUUUGUGAUAAAAAAUAAACAGAAUAGAAUUAACCACAGGCAAAAUCCUAGAGGAUAACCUGGUUCAGUCUGCUUUCCACCAGAUACUGGGAGAUGAAUUCCCCUUUCAACAGGACAAUAACCUAAAACAACAAUGCCACGUCUACACUGGAGUUGCUUACCAUGACAUCAUUGAAUGUUCCUGAGUGGCCGAGUUACUGUUUUGACUUAAAUCUGCUUGAAAGUCUAUGACAAGACAUGAAAAUGGCUGUCCAGCAAUGAUCAACAACCAAUUUGACAGAGAUUGAAGAAUUACAAAAAGAAUAAUGGGCAAAUGUUGUACAAUCCAGGUGUGCGAAGCUCUUAGAGACUUACCCAGAAACACUCACAGCUGCAAUCACUGCCAAGGGUGUGCUAAUACUUAUGUAAAUGAGAUAUUUAAUUUUCAAAAGAUUUGCGAAAAUGUCUAAAAAUGUGUUUUCACUUUGUCAUUAUGGGUAAUUGUGUGUAGAUGGGUGAGAAUUUUUAUUUAUUUAAUCCACUUAGAAUUCAAGCUGUAACACAAAAACAUGUGGAAUAAGUCCAGGGGUAUGAAUACUUUGUGAAGGCGCUGUAUCUUACCUCACUGAGGGAAUUUUCAGGGAUUUUUUUGACAAUGCAUCUUCUGCAUCUUGUAACAGCUUCAUACCCGUUCAAUAGCUGUUUCUAUGUGUGCUGUAUGCUGUAUAAAAGAUGAUGUGCAGUAAACUGUCAGCAGGGCAGUUGAUACUUCCUGAUGUCGAAGGAUGUUAAAACCUAUGUAUUGUAUAGUUAUAUGGAAAACAACGCAAGAUGUUUAUACGGCAAAUAAAUAUUGAAUUAUUUUUUCUUUAA